AUGAAAGUCAAAAAAGAGUCCGCUCACCGACUGGAAGCCGAGAAUUACGAUUCCAAAGAUUUUGCAGGGUCGUUUAGUUAUUUUAGAACAGCCAUAGAUAAGUCCUUGGGCUAUCGUGUUGAAUUUCUUUCAUGUUCUAUUCAAGGGUACCACAACAGCAGCCCUGGAAACGUUACACUUCACCCGGAAGUGCAGCAAUACCCCAAGAAGGAAUCCUCCACUCAGAGAUUAAAGAAAGUCUUCAUCACUUUAUUAGCAAUGACGAGCAAACCACUUGAGUCAACCUCGGAAGACACUAUCUCUUCGAUACAUCUUGAAAAACCACUGGAUAACACUGGUCACCUUGUUCACGAUGACUCGAACUCGCCAACAUAUGAAAGAAAAAAAGAAUCGUCAAGUGAAUUCGACGAUAUUGAAGAGCAUCCUCGAUAUUCACUCACCCGUGAGCCCACCAAUCCAAUUGAGAAAGAAAACGUAAUUACCAGAACACUUUCUGUUGUACGAACAAAAGAUUCCGGGAGAGAUCCAGGCCCCCCGCCUGAUGGAGGAUUUCACGCCUGGUUACAAGCUAUCCUAGCACAUGCGGCCAUCUUUAACACAUGGGGCUUUGUUAAUAGCUUUGGAAUGUUUCAAGACUACUACACAGAGACCCUUAAACGUUCACCUUCAGAUAUAUCCUGGGUUGGGAGCGUUCAGAUCUUCUUGCUUUUUGGUAUUGGAACAUUUUCCGGCCGCGCCACGGACGCCGGGUUUUUCAAGGCAGUGUGGAGCCUUGGUGCUGUCACUAUUAUGUUCGCCGUCUUUAUGACCUCUCUUUGCAAGACGUAUUUGCAAUUAUUCCUUGCCCAGGGACUUUGCUUAGGCAUAGGGAGCGGAUUGAUCUUCUGCCCCACCGUUGCUUUGGUGUCCACAUACUUUUCAUCUCGACGAUCGAUUGCCAUCGCUAUUUCUGCAUGUGGUUCGGCCACUGGAGGAAUAAUUUUCCCUAUCAUUGUACAGCAACUCCUUCCUCGCAUUGGCUACCCAUGGACGAUGCGCGUUCUUGGACUAGUUACAGUUAUCACUCUUGCCCCUGGUUUCAUAUUCUUUCGCACACGCAUCCCACCCCGUCGUAGCGGUCCAUUUUUUGAGUGGCCAGCAUUUAAAGAACCUUCAUAUUCCCUAUACGCCAUUGGUAUGUUUCUCAACUUCUGGGCCUUGUAUAUUGGCUUCUUUUACAUAAACAGUUUUGGUCGCAACGCAAUUGGACUAUCUCAAAGCGAAGGCCUUACCAUCCUGAUGAUUAUGAAUGCUCUCGGCACAGUUGGCCGGAUGAUCCCCAGCUUCUUAGCAGACUACUUUAUCGGUCCUAUGAAUGCACUCAUCCCUUUCACAUUUGCAUCCUCCAUAGUCCUAUUCGCCUGGAGUGGCGUAAAAUCGUCCCCCACCUUAUAUGCCUUUUCCGCUCUCUAUGGCUUCUUUGGUGCCGGUAUGCAAGCUCUAUUUCCUGCGGUGGCUACCAGUUUGUCAACAGAUAUGAAGAAGACCGGAGUGAGGUUUGGAAUGAUUUUAAGUAUUGUUAGCGUUGCAUCCUUGACGGGCCCCCCUAUUGCUGGCGCCUUAAUUGAAAAGGGGAACGGCUCGUAUCUGUAUAUGCAGUUGUUUGCCGGCUUGUCCAUGCUUCUUGGAACAGGUGUUCUAAUACUGGCUCGUUUUGCUCUAACAGGCCCGAAACUAAAAGCAAAAGUCUAA